AUGGCCACAACAGAAUUUAUACAGUUCGUUAAUUACAUGGGUAUAAACUUAUCGGAAAGCAAUAUGAUUAUAUACACAAAUUUGUAUGUUAAUUUCGUGCAAUUUCAACCAGCAAUUUUUUGUGAAAACUUUGCUGAAAAAUUCAUAUUGUGGAAACGUUUAUACGACGAAUACAAAGCUACACAGGAUCAAAUCAUCAACACCGACCUUUUCAAUACACCACCAGCAGAUCGCCGAAAACUAAAACCCUCAACGACGCAACUACCCGAAGAAUUAUCGAAACUACGCACCGAAGAUGAAACUAACCUGUUUCAAAAUUUCACACUGAAAAAUGAAAGCCCUGAAACAAAAAACGAUUUCACACCAGUACAGCCCGCAGAAACACUCAACAGCCCCAAACAAAGCGACGCUACGUUGUUGGACACAACGGAUAAUAUUAUGGCUAAUAUACCCGUCGCCGAGGUCGUCAAAGAAAUUGAACAAUCUUUUACAAAUGACAAUCACAUAGUCACGCUCGAGAAUAUCACACCUAUUUCAUCCCCUAGCAGUGAAAAAAAUAUCGAACAAAUUCCUGCAACUAACACGGAUAUCGAACCAAGCUUAUCCCCGAAUCGUGGAAUAAAUAUCGAACAAAUUCCCGCAACAAACACUGGUAUCGGACCAAGCUUAUCCCCUAGUCGUGGAAAAAAUAUCGAACAGAUGAAAAUUAUAUUCGAAACUGAAACUUCCGUGGAAACCACCCCAAGUAAACCCGUACCCACCCCAAGAAAACGAAAGCGAAAGGAACCAUCUGAAGAGCUGGGACCCGGACCUGGUCGACCAACAAAAGAUUCGGCAAUGCUUUGCGAUGCCAAAAACGUAGGUUCGGGAAACGAUUCUGGAAACGACGACGAGGCACAACUAUCACUUCGCGAAGUAACGCUAAUGAGUGGAAACGGUGCAGUUCGAAAAAUAAACCUUUUGACGAAAUACGAAAAAGACAUUAAAUGUUUUCAUAUAAAACAUUAUGCUUCGUUAAGAAAGCAUUUGAAACCAUAA